UUGUGACAGCGUAGCUAACCAGCACUAGUCACGAAUGUGUCGGGGCUCCUGGUAGGAGAGUAAUAUAUAUAUAAAUGGAAAAAUAUUAAGUUUUAUUGCUCCUCUUGAUUUAUCCAUUCGGGAUAUUUUGGAUAUUCGCAAAAAGGGGUUGGUAAUGUGUGCAAGACGAGCAAGCUAACAUGCUAGCAGGGGUAACGGUAUUUUGGGUUUGCUGAUGUUAAAUAGUCCGCAGCUGGCUGAGUUGGCUAGUCUUAAUGGCUCAGCUAACAAGCUAACGAUGACCAGUUGGUCAAAACCUGAAUUUGUGCGAAGACUUUCUGGAGAUAAAGUCAAGGAGGGAUAAGUGAAGAGGCAUGGAUAGCACCAGAGAUGUAAUUUCGAGCACGGGCUGUUUGGGUUAUUUACAGCUGGAUACCCAUGGUGUAGGAUUAGCUUGUUUUCUCCGCGGAGUGACGACGUUUGCUCCUCUCAGCUGCAUCAAACACGGGCGUCGGUGAUGCUGUCGACCGCUCGCCAAAAGACCCGGUUCUCCGAAUUGGGACAGAGCACCCAAACUUCAUCAUAAAUCAUGAAAAACUGUGAGUAUCAACAAAUCGACCCCCGGGCACUUACGACGCCCACCCCGACCCCUCCACCUCAUCAUGGACACGACGGGGAUAAGAGAGAAAAGCCCAAGAGACCGAGGAGAAAGUGGGAAAUUUUCCCCGGGAAGAACCGCUUCUACUGCGAUGGACGGAUCAUCGUGGCCCGGCAGAGUGGAGUAUUACCCCUCACCCUGGGCCUUAUUCUCAUCACAUGUGGAUUAUUCUUUAUAUUUGACUGUCCCUUCCUGGUCAAACACCUGACCAGCUGCAUACCUGUAAUUGGAGGAGGCCUCUUUGUGUUUGUGCUCAUCACCCUGCUCCAGACCAGCCUCACUGACCCCGGCAUCCUGCCCAGAGCAACGCCAGAUGAGGCGGCAGACAUUGAGAAACAGAUCGACAACACGGGCAACACCAGCUACCGGCCGCCACCGCGCACCAAGGAAGUCCUCAUCAACCAGCAGGUGGUGAAGCUCAAGUACUGCUUCACCUGCAAGAUGUUCCGACCUCCGCGCACCUCCCACUGCAGCCUGUGUGACAACUGUGUGGAGCGAUUUGACCAUCACUGCCCCUGGGUGGGGAACUGUGUGGGGAAACGCAACUACCGUUUCUUCUACACCUUCAUCGUGUCCCUCUCCUUCCUGACGGCGUUCAUCUUCGGCUGCGUGACCACACAUCUAGCGCUAAGGGCUCAGGGUGGAAAGGGCCUGGUGUUUGCUCUGCAGGAGAGUCCAGGCAGUGCAGUGGAGCUGGUGAUAUGUUUCUUCUCAGUCUGGUCCAUUUUGGGCCUCUCAGGCUUCCAUACAUACCUGGUUGCUUCCAACCUGACCACUAAUGAAGAUAUUAAAGGCUCCUGGUCGGGGAAGAGUGGAGAAGAUGUCACCAACCCGUACAGUCAUAAAAACAUCUUUAUCAACUGCUGCUCUGUGCUCUGCGGACCCAUGCCACCCAGCUUGAUCGACAGACGAGGUUUCCUACCCGCGGAUGAAUCCGCCCAGACAGCCGGCUCAGACAUCGAGCUGCCCAUUCUGGCCCCUAAAAACGAGAUAAAUGUGUGCACACAAGGAACUAAAGGUCUGCUGGAGUCGGCCACCCUCCCUCCGCUGCUGUCCACCUCGUGUCCUCAGGGGAAACCUCAGACAGCUCAUACCUGCCCAGACAGCAGCCCCGCGGUGCACCCUGACCCCUCACCGGAGCUCUCCACCAGCUGCGGGGCCCGCCACACUGCUAGCUCGCAAGGCGAUACCUCUCCACCACAUCACACCAAGACUCGAUCAAAGAAAAGCAAACGAGCGGCUUUGCAUAUUACCAACCCUUCCUUUGACGACGCCCCAGUUUCCCCUACCUCUCUGGACGCUGGCCCCAGCUCCAAAGCCAGGGGCCACAAAAGUGCCAGCUUCGACCCUUUGCGCUGA